GUGAGCGAACAUCUUCACUUCGCACCAUGGAUUUGAACAAUUUAACGUGUUCGGUAUUUGGAGAAGAUUGAGUUUUUUUCAUGGAUGGGAUUAAACGUUCAUAUUCUUCAUUUUGAACCAUUGCGACGGCAAACGGGGCCAGAAUAAAUUAAGACAGCAUGGAAAUUGAUGAUAUUUUUUCCCAAAAGAAAACUCAACCCAAGGGAAAUGGUUCUGGCGAAAAAGAACAGAACAAACAAGAGCCCAAACAUCCUGAGAACUCUCGUCCUUCAAAGCCCAAAAAAGGCGGUAGUAAAGGAGACGAUUUGUUUUUAGAUCCCAAGGGAAGUUCUGGAAGAAAACGAACUGAAGAAGGCUUUUUGGUGUACGAUUUAGAUGAACUACAAAUGGGCAGAGGAGGAGACACACCGCAAUGUCCUUUUGAUUGUGAUUGCUGCUAUUAAAAGAAAAAGGAAAAAAAACGUAAGCACGCGCUUGGGUCAUUUAUUUUGUUUACGAUGCCGUUGAAAGGAAUCUGACGGUGAUCAUGGGAUAAAAUUCUUCAUAGUCUAACUUCAUUGCUGCAAUAAAUUUUGUAAACGUAUUAUUGUUUAUUUACAAGGCGUUGCCAUCUACUUUACGUGGAUACGAAAGAUUAU